AGCUCGAAUUGUCACCAGGUUCUAUUCCAAGCAUCGUUAUAACAGCUGGAAAAGAAACUACAAAGAUGCCGCUCACAGAUGCAGACAAAACCCACGUGAGGUCCAUUUGGUCCAAGGCAAGCGGCAAGGCGGAAGAACUCGGCGCCCAGGCUCUGGCAAGGAUGCUCGAGGCCUUCCCUAAUACCAAGACAUACUUCUCCCACUAUAGUGAUUUGAGUGUGAAAUCUGGUCAAGUGCACGUUCAUGGCAAGAAGAUCAUUGACGCCCUCACCGACGCAGUCAACCACAUAGAUGAUAUAACUGGGGCUUUGUCCGCACUGAGCACUAAGCACGCCCACACCCUGAGAGUCGAUCCUGCCAACUUCAAGAUCCUUUCCCACACCAUCCUUGUGGUCCUGGCCCUUUACUUCCCUGCUGACUUCACCCCGGAGGUUCACCUUGCAUGUGACAAGUUCCUUGCCGAAGUGUCCUACGCCCUGGCUGAGAAGUACCGUUAAAACACCGAAAGCUGAGUUAGAGACAGGAAUCUUAGCAGGCCAUGUCCAGACUGAUCUUUCAGUUGUUGUCAAUAAACAUGGAAUAAAUAAAAACUUGAUUUGUUUCCAUUAAAA